ACAAAACUAUAUUAACUAGUUUCUAAUUUACUGCAAUAAAUGAAAUGAUGUAGCGCCCCUUAUUUUUAUCUUAGUUAACUCGUAAUAUAGUAUAAACGAUGUGCUUAAUAUUUAUUUACUAUAUUAUGUGAUCAGUGAAAUCAUUGAAUAUGUCUCAAUUAUUACUGUGCAGAGUGUGCCUAGCCAGUAACGUGACUGUUUACAAUAUAUUGAACUCCUGUCUUCAGGAAAUGUAUGAGAAAUUAACGAGAUUACCGCUUCAUGCAGACGACGGGAAGCCAAGCACAGUGUGCUGCAUCUGCCUGGCGCUGCUGCAGAAGAGCUACCAGCUCUGGGUGCACUCCGUCACCUCCGACCGGCUGCUGAGCAGGCUGCUAGCUACUAAUGAUGAGCUCACACAAGACCUGAUUGAACACAUAGACAGACAAGGGCACAAGCUAACAACAAAUUUUACUAUUCAAACUGAGCAAUUCGAUGUAAAACCCAGUGCAGAUUCAGUAGAAGUUGAAGUUAAACCAUUGAAGGAAGAACAUGAAGGUGUGUUAUCAGACCAUGAGGACCACGAGGACAUUGAGGACCGUGUGUCCGUCAAAGAGGCACCAUCAGACUCAGAAGAUGACCUUCCACUGCUCGCCAUCAGCCAGAAGAAGGAAAAGAAGAGUGUCACUAAUAAAGACAAGGAGUUUUUAAAAGGCUUCAAAUCCGGCUACGCCCGAGAACUGAUCCUGAGCACAGAGCAGCAGCUGGCAGAGCUACGCGCACGUGGCACCUCCGUGAACUACCUCAACGCGCCGUUCAAAUGCGCGCCUUGUCGCCGAGGGUACGUCGAGCCCGCGGCCUUCAGCAACCAUCGGAUAAAACACGACCCGAAAAGCGGAUCCCACGUGUGCCAGAUCUGCACGAUGCGCUACAAGACUGCGCGCAAACUGCGCGCUCACGUCAUAACUGCACACGAACGGCGCUACCAAUGCAAUACCUGCUCACACCGCUCACACACCGCGUCCCAAGCGCGUGAGCACGAAAAAUGGCACCGCGGGCAUCUGUACGUGUGCAAGCUGUGCGGGCACUCGUCGCGCGCGUCCACCUCGCACCUGACGCACCUGCGCGCGCACCACCGCACGCAGCACGUGUGCGCGCGCUGCGGCGACAGCUUCGUCGGCGCGCACGGCCUGCGCAUGCACGAGGGGAAGGCGCACGCCGACACUAAAGCCGUGCCGGACGACUCUCCAGCGUCAGAGCGGUACUGCGCCGAAUGCGACAUCCAGUUUGCGACGCUCCUGGCUUGGAAGCGGCACAUACUUAGCGCCUCCAACCACGCCUUCAAACAAGACAAGGGUGUCUGCGUGAUCUGCGGCCCGGCCUGUCCGGGUGAUGGGACUCAUCUGAAAGAGAGCGUAAAGGCGCUCCGCCCUCCCAGUAAAACGCUUACGUUACGGGUCACUACGCUCACUUGUGAACAGUGUGGAUCCUCGUUCGCCAACGGUUCGAAGCUGCAAGCUCACGUGAAGAGGGUCCAUCUGGGCGUAAAAUACAACAAACAUGUUGUGUGUGAAGUGUGUGGCAAGAGUUGUACGUCCAACGCCUCACUGAAAUAUCACCAGCGCACUCACACCGGGGAAAAACCCUAUCCCUGCCAAACUUGCCCGAAGAGGUUCGCGGACAGCAACCAACUUCGAAUCCAUACUCGUCGGCACACCGGGGAACGUCCUUAUUGCUGCCGACACUGCCCGAGAACCUUCACGCAGAAACCCGCGCUUAACAGGCACUAUAGGGUACACACGGGGGCCAAGCCGUACUCCUGCCAGUACUGCGCCAAGAGUUUCAGCCAGUCCAACUCCUUGAAGCUGCACGUGCGCACCGUGCACCUCAAGAUGCCCGCCAAGAAGAGAGAUGAUAAGAAAGACGGACUCAUUUUAGAAAAGCUAGAAUAAAUAUUGAAAUAAUUAUUCACUAAACUUCAAAUGCCUCUGUUAAAUUUUCUUGGAGGAUAU